AUGUUAUUUAUAUUUUUUUCUUUCAUAGAAAGUAAGAAAAAAUUUAAAAGUUAUUCACAGGUUGUGUUCGUAUUUCAGACAGCCUAUGCCUUGUCCAAUUUAUACGAGUCUGUUUUUGGUGACAAGGAGAAAGCGCUUCAAGUUAUUAUUGACAAUGACCUCGACGAUCACAGGUCAGUUUUUUUGUCUUCGAAAGUUACGUUAGUAAGACACCUUUGAAGAAUUUCUACUCUUCCAUACUGUUAGUGAAUAUAUAUACUGUGUACAUUCAAACGUGUUAAGCCGUCUGUCUUAGAGAAUGGCCAAGUGUCCGCUUAAUGCAGCUUCAUGUUCGAGUACAACAGAAAUUGUUGUUAUAAACCAGACAUAAACGUAUUAAAGGCACAGGUGUGAUGAUACUUGUUAACAAAGAGACAUUAUAUAAGGUUUUCUUACAACUUCCCAGUCUUAUUUUACCUUUUUGUUAACAGCGAAGACGAAGAGUUCGAAGACAGCGAAGACGACGAUUCGUCGAGUGAUGAAUGGAGUGAACAGGAUGAACUUCCCGAGGCACUGUUGAUGCAACAGGAUGACCAGGAGAAGAGAUCCACCAUCAAUGGCAGUAGCCGAAGUGGUAGUGUGAUUGGAGAUAAAGAAGAGAAAAAGUUAGUUGAUGAAGUAGAUGGAGAAGAAGAAGAAGAUUUACAGCAAAUUAAAGACUCUUCAAUUGAAGAAGUCGAUAAAAGGAGAAGGGAAAAGGGAAGCGAGAGGAAGUGUUUAACGAACGUUACCCUGGACAUUAAUGACGACGAUCUCUUGGAUUAUGACGAAGAGGAUGUUCUCUGUGAAGGGAUGUCUACAGACUCGGACUCGGCCCUCAGUGAGGCCGGAGAGCAGGAGAUGUUAAUGGAAAUUUCAAAACCAGUGUCGUUCUGUAAGUUUAACCUUUCAGUUCAUUUUUGUCUCGUUGUCUUUUAUUCAUACGCAUAAAUAUUUACUGGUUUGGAUCUCGUUUACCACCCAGAUGUUUUGUGACUCCGUUUUCACUAAAAAGUAGUAUCGUCAUUCAAUUACGAACAAAAAACAGUGUUCGAGCGAAACUGUCUCGGAAUCAAAGCACUGGGUCAGGUCACAGUAAGCAUUCAUCACUCAUCAGGGGCACCCAAAGGGAAAUUUUGAGAAAAAGACCUAAAAACAACAACAAAGCAUGAAUAAAGCUUUCUGAAGCCAUUUUAAGCAUUUUGGGAGAUUGCUGGGAAAAAUGUAUCUGUUCCUCAUUCCCAGCAAGACUAAUGGAAGAGUUCCCAGCCAGCAAGGUGCANGUUUUCACUAAAAAGUAGUAUCGUCAUUCAAUUACGAACAAAAAACAGUGUUCGAGCGAAACUGUCUCGGAAUCAAAGCACUGGGUCAGGUCACAGUAAGCAUUCAUCACUCAUCAGGGGCACCCAAAGGGAAAUUUUGAGAAAAAGACCUAAAAACAACAACAAAGCAUGAAUAAAGCUUUCUGAAGCCAUUUUAAGCAUUUUGGGAGAUUGCUGGGAAAAAUGUAUCUGUUCCUCAUUCCCAGCAAGACUAAUGGAAGAGUUCCCAGCCAGCAAGGUGCACCUACAACCGGCUGCAACCCUACUUACUGGGAAGUUUCUAAUCAGAAGUAUAUCCAGACGUUACUAGCCCCAGUCCGGGUGUGGUCAAAGGGCAAAAUUGAGCCCUUCAGUGGAGGGGGAACAAGGAUUAUACAAAUGGCACAUAGCAGCUACUCUUGGACAUCAAAUCCCCUCGGACACCCUAAAUUGUCCAUUUCCCAGCCACACUUUCCGUCCAAAGACAUAUUAAGUUUUCCAAAUCUCAUAGCCAGCAAAAAUUUUGCCUGUAGAACAGAUGUUUUGAGGAAAAGAUCCAUUGGGUGCCUCUCACUCAUCAUGAUAUCGCCGACAGCAGUUUAUCCUUCAUUAUUCCAAUGAAGACUGAUAGGCAGGAAAAGGGCAGUUUCAAAAUAAGAAAACGGAUGGACAAAGAAGCAUAGUUAAGGAGCUGGUCACACGCACGGACCCUAAGUCAGAGUUUAGUAGACCGUAAAAAAAAAUUUUAAAGCUCAGAGGCUUUCAUUUGAAUGGUCUGCACACUUCAGGAUAAAUUCUCACCCGCAGAACCUUAAGUAGAAAAACUUAAGUCUGUCCAGUGUCUAAAAUAGUCGGGAAAGCGGAACGAAAAGUUGCACGAAAACCGCGUGGGAGCUGGGAAAAGACGGAGUCUUCUCUCUUUCCGCCGUUUGUCGCUCGUUCGCUAUUUUACUGCUCGCUCGGUUUUUUCGCUCUUUUGCACCGACCAAGAGCCUGUUACUGGCAAGAAAAACCUUGCACAGCUAACAGCCACAGAAAAGAACCCGCUGAUAGCUCUCAUUUGAAUGGUCACAGCGUAUGAUUUCACGCACAGAUUCGACACUGAGAACCACAGUUUACAGCGUAAUAAACAGUACCACGACAAAUUACAGCGUUUCUUGUCAAAAAUGCAUGAUAACGUUGGGGAGACACUUUUAUAUAGUGAAGCUGUGUGUCAAGAUAUAGGUCUGUAGCGAUUAAUUAGCAGAUCUAAAGAAAAUGACUCAAAUCCUCGAUCUUUUUAUGUUCACUGCAUUGUAUCGUUGUUACACUCUAGAAAUUACGAACAUUUUGAUAACUUGAACAAAAUAGACCAGGAAAUGACAUUACAUCUUACUUUUACAGCUUUUGUGGAUGACGAAGAAGAGGAAAGCGAGGAUGAUGUUGACUUUUUCGCAGGAAAAGUCACAAAUAAGGCACUACAAAGUGAAGAAUCACCAAAAUACAGGUCUACCUCACCUUCUUUGCAGAUUGAAGAGACUACGCUCUCGGUAUCCAAAAAAGAACUGAAGCGAUCUAGAAGCAAA